GAAGUGAUUGAAAUAUCUGAAAAAUUUAACACACCAUUGACUACAAAGCCAACAAGUCAAAAAGUGAACUCAUCCACACAGAUCAGUGAGUCUGAUCUUGAUAUUAAGGGAGAUGGAGGAGUAAAGUGUAAUAAUAAUAAAGAUAAAGGAACAACAACCAACACUUUGAAUGAAUCUCAGGAACAUGGAAGUACUUCAAUAGAGAAAGGACAGUCUGAUAUUGAUGUACUUAAGAUCAAUGAUGAAGUACAAGAAACACUCACUGAUAAACUGCUUGAGACAAUAACCCAAAAUGACAAACCAGCUACUAAUUACUCACCCACACAGAUCAGUGAGUCCAAUGAUGAUCAACAAAAAGUUACAUUGACUAUCAGGGAUCUGGUAGAUAUUGUACGAGUGUUAAAAAAGGGUAACUUUCAAACUAUCAGAUGGUUUGAUCUUGGUUUCUACUUGGGUCUGAGUUUUAAUGAUCUUAUGGUUAUUGAGACUAACUAUUUACGACAUGCUGAGCAGUGUCUCACAGAAUGUUUAGCAAAAUGGCUUACAGAUGAUAUUGAAGCAACAUGGAACAAACUAGCUAUUGCUACGGGUGAAAUAGGAGAGACAUCAGUUACCAGCACUAUUGCCACUUCAAUAAAUAUUGAUGUACUUAAGAUCAAUGAUGAAGUACAAGAAACACUCACUGAUAAACUGCUUGAUAUUAGAGAUCUUGCUACAGUCCUUCAAGAAUUAACAUCAAAUCAACAGUUUGAUUAUGCUAACAACUGGAAACAGUUAGGCCUGUACUUAGGAUUAUACCAACCUACACUAAAUGCAAUUGAAGUAAACUGCAGAGGACAAGUAUGGGAGUGUCUAAUGGAGUGUCUAUCUUCCUGGCUAAAGGGAAAGGAUGGAGUAAGAGAGACAAGAGGAGGUGGAUCAAACUGGAUAUCAUUAAAAUACUGUAUAAUGGAAUGGUGA